AUGAUAAAUGGCGAGUCACACACUGUGAGUUGUAGAAAGAUUUGUAAAAAUGGAGAAAGAAAUAAAAAAUCGGUAAAUAAUGACAAUUAUUCAGAAAAAAGUGGGAACGAAAAAAAUGGGAACGAAAAAAAUGGGAACGAAAAAAGUGAGAACGAAAAAAGUGGGCAUGAUAAUAAUACAGAACAGAGAAGAAACGAAUCUUGUGAAAAUUCAAUACUAAAAACAACAUUAUUUUUUAUUUUGCUGGCACAUACAAUUAUAAUUUAUAUACUGAUAAGAAUAAAAAAAAUAAAAAAUAUAAAUUGUAAAUUAAAAGAUAAAAGUAUUAUAUUUAUAUCAGAAAUAGUAAAAUUUAUAAUGUCGUGUUUUUUUUAUUCAAAAGAAAAUAAAUUUAAUAUAAAAAUAAUAAAAAAUAAUUUAAUUAAUAUAAUUGUAAAUAAUAAAUUAUAUCUUAUAUAUUUAAUGUUACCAAGUAUAUUAUAUUAUAUACAAAAUAUUCUUUUUUACAUUUCGGUAUCAAAUCUUCCAAUUCCUUUAUUUCAGUUAUUACACCAAUUUAGAAUAUUGGUAGUUUUAAUAUUUACAUUUUUAAUUUUAAAAAAAAAAAUAAAAAAGGAAAAAAUAUUAUCAAUACUAUUUCUAUUUUUAUCAUUGAUAUCCCUCAAAGAUUAUGAUAUAAAUUUUACUAACUAUUUUAUAAGACAAAAUUAUAAUACCACAAAACAUAUUGACAUAUUUAAAAUCACAACAAAUAAUAAUAUAACCAAAUAUAAAUUAUUAAAUAAAUUUAAUGUAUUAUUAUUUUAUUAUAUUCUUGAAAAAAAAACAUUAAAUAAACAAAUCUUAAAAUUGCCUAUAUUAUUAUUAUUACAAAAACAUGAAAAAAAAAAAAAAAAAAUUAAAAAAAUAGCUAGUCAAUCAUAUUCCCAAAAUAAUUUAAACCUUGAUAAUAAUGAAUAUUACAUCGAACAACUUUUGGAAAAUAAUAAAAAUCAAGAUAAAACUAAUGAAAUAAAAACAGCUAUGUUAAAACGGUUUAAUAUUAACACUAGUGUAAUAAAAAAUAUAAAUAAUAAUAUAAUAAUAGGAAUUAUUUCUACAUUUUUAAUAACAUUUAUUAGUGGAUUUUCGAGUGUCUUUUUAGAAUAUGUGUAUCUCAAUUAUAAACAUUCUUUUUGGCUACAAAAUUUAUUCUUAUCUUUCUUUACCAUAGUAAUAAGUUUGUUAACAAAAAAUUUAAACAUAUCUUUUGAUAUUCCAAACUCGCAAAAAAAAGACGAAUCCGAUAAACUCCAAAAGGGGAAUACAAAUGGUCACCAAAGUGGAAAAAGUGGAAAAAAUGAAAAAAGUGAAAAAAAUGGAAAAAAUGGAAAAAGUGGAAAAAAUGUUAACCCAUUUACAGAUACCCCUUUGGAAAGAACAAAUUGGGAUAUUGUUAAUAAACUGAUUUACUAUUUUUAUAAACAUUUUAAUUCAUUUAGCGAAUUUAUUUAUGUUUCUAUCCUCAUAUUUUUAAAUGGCAUAGGUGGAAUCAUAACAUCGGUAUAUAUAAUAUACGCUGGAAGCUUUUCAAAAUUUUUUAUUACACCAAUUAGUUUAAUAUUUAAUAUUUAUAUAUCUUCUAUAUAUUUUAAAGAUUUUGAAUUUACUGUUAAUUAUUUGAUUUCAUUAGUGUUUGUGUUUUUUUCUUUGUAUCUUUUUUUUAAAGACAGUUUAAAACCAGUAGUCAAUAAAUAA